CAAGAAUGUUGAGGAUCGGAUAUCCGCUCGGCGCUUCGGCUAAUUAACUGCGCGUCCGGAGUAUCCCUUGCGCGCCGCCUCUAAACUCAAACCCAACAAUAAUUUCUCUUUUUUAACUAUUCCAUUUCUCUAUGUGUCAACAUUUCUUCUAAAUUAUAAAAAUUAGAUCUCUCCCUAAUCUAUAUGUUCUUCUUUCCUAUAAUCUUGUUUUAGUAUAGUUCUCACUUUCAUUUCAGUCCUUACCUGGGCACUUCAUCGGUUAAACACCAAGGUGUACAGUCCAUAGAUCUAACCUACGUAAAUCCGCUUUCAGCAUUCUUGGCGCAUAUCCUUUAACCUAGUAUAAUUCAAGAUGCCUCCCGUUCCCUACCCAUCCCCAUUAUUUCGCGCCGUGUUCCGGAGACACGUUGAUCAGCUGCGCAUGAGCCGGCUUCCGAAGUCCGCGCCGCGCCGUCUUCAGUCUACCAACACUAAUCCUAAUCCUGCCGAGGUACCAAAGCCGCAGCCGAAGUCACAAGCGGGCGACCCGAUUCCGCCAGCGAGUACACCCGCCGUCCCGCUCCCUUUAUGGCAACGCCUUGGCCCCCUGACCCGCAUUGGCCAGGCCUACGGCCACGCCCAUCGCAAACGGCCUUGGGCAACGCAGAUCGCGAGCGCACUCUUAAUCUACCUGGCCGCUGACGUUAGCGCGCAGAGCAUAGGUGGCAAGGAAUAUGUUCCCGAGCGCACGAUCAGGAAUAUGGCAAUCGGAGGCGUUAUCGCCGUACCGAAUUUUAUAUGGUUCGUGUGGCUGUCGCGCAACUUUAACUAUAGCUCCCACGUGCUCUCUCUGUGCAUCAAAAUUGGUAUAAGCCAAACAGUCUUUACGCCCAUAUUCAGCAGCUACUUUUUCGGCGCACAGGCAUUGCUCUCAGGCGAUAGCGUAGCCGAAACCUGGGACCGAGUGCGCCGUACUGUGCCCAUCAGCUGGAUGAACUCGUGGAAGCUUUGGCCCGCCGUAAUGGCUGUCAAUUUUACUUUCGUCCCAAUAGAGUAUCGUAGUGUCUGCGCUGGUGUCGUCGCGGUCGGCUGGCAGACCUAUCUGAGCUACCUAAAUCGGCAAGCCGAGAUCGAGGAGGAGCGAAAGGGUGUCGUCCAUAACCAUCACAAGACCGAAUCAGUACCUACAUUGCCCGCCAUUGACGCCAUAAAACGCCCCAUGGUGGCAUGAAUUUCAACCCACAUUUCUUUAUUGUCUCUUAAAUAGAGUAUGAUAUACAUUUAUGUAUAGAU